UACUGUCUUAUAUUUCAUUGUGGUCUCCAUAGAGUUACAAAGAGAGACAGCCCACGCCCACCCCUCCUUCUCCUUCUCUCUCUCCCCUUCAUUUUCUUCUUUUUUAUUUCUUCAGAAUCAGAAAUCAGAAAACCUUCAAAAAGGGGGUUUCUCUAUAAAGCUCCAAAAAUGGCUGCCGAAGUCAGUAGUCUAGUACGGGUACUCGCCGGCUACAAGGACGAAGAUAAUCGGACGACGCUGGGGAAUGGCCAGGAUCAAUCAACGGCUCUCGUUACCCGCGACUUGCUCGGACAAUCUUCCAAGCUCGCCGAGACUCAGGAAUUGGACCUCGAUUUGCAGGUUCCCACCGGCUGGGAAAAGAGACUCGACUUGAAG